AGGCAGGCAGGCAGCGGGCAUGGCGGCGGCGACGGCGCGAGGGGCGGCGCGGAGGCUGCUGCUGCUCCGCGGCUGGGAGCGACCCGGGCUGAGAGCAUUCGUGGGCCCCCAAAGGCCAGAAGGGGAGGUGGAUAAGGCCCAGCGGGCUGCCCAGGAGCCCAGCCCCACCGUCUUCAGCAAGAUCCUGGACGGCUCCAUCCCAGCCGACAUCAUCUAUCAGGACGACAAGUGCGUGGCCUUCCGAGAUGUGGCCCCACAGGCUCCUGUGCAUUUCCUGGUGAUACCUAGGCACCCCAUCCCCCGCAUCAGUUGCGUGGCCGAGAGCGAUGCCCAGCUCCUGGGACACUUGCUGGUGGUGGCCAGCCUGACAGCGAAGGCGGAGGGCCUGUCGGAUGGCUAUCGUGUGGUGAUCAACGACGGGAAGCAGGGGGCCCAGUCUGUUUACCACCUCCACCUGCACGUGCUGGGAGGGCGCCAGAUGGCCUGGCCGCCCGGCUGAGAUGCUCACCCCCAUUGUGACCGGAGCUGCACCUCAAGUAAAUAAACGCCUGCAGUGAGACCA